AUCUAUAGUCCUUCCAUGUUACCAACUGUGUUGGUACGUUGUCUUUUUUUCAUACAAAGUGUGUACUGCUGUGUAGCAUUCUUCAGUCGACGCGUUGACGGAUUCAGGGUAUAUAAAGCAGGUAUACCGAAACUGGUUACAAGAAGCCAUGCCGAUUACAAUUGGGAUGUAUCGCAUGACAAUGAGUUGUUUGGUGUCGCUGAAUCACGAGGCGACGUCUCUGGUAAUCGCAACAACCUUCGUAAACCGGGCAUCCUAACUCAUAUGUCACCUGGAAUCAGUACUGUACUGCCCAUAGGUAAACGGAUUGUUAACCGUAUCGAACGUGUAAUUCACGUUGAGAUGUCCAGAAUCGGUGCAAAGGAAGUUGAAUUGCCAAUGUUGCUAUCAAGCGAUACUAUUAAUGAACGGCGUAAUGAAUUCGGUAGGGAGUUGUUUUCGUUGACUGACAGAAACGGUAAACAUUAUGACUUGUGUCCAACAUGUGAAGAACUAAUUUGUAGGAUGCUGGAUAAAGCGUUAUCCCCCUUGUCUAAACGGAAUCUACCUAUAUAUCUAUACCAAAUAGGGCGUAAAUUUCGCGAUGAGGCUAGACCAUGCAACUCCAAUAUGCGAUGUCGUGAAUUUAUAAUGAAGGAUGCAUAUAGUUUUCACAGUGACAAGGACUCCGCAGCUAUGGAUUAUAACAAAUUCAAGCAGGCUUACGAACGCAUUUUCACUUUACUGGAGUUGUCUUUUGACACCGUGACUAUUGGGGAUACAGAACACGAAUUCAGGGCAAUGCUCCCAAAUAAAAAAACACUUAUGGAGAUUGCACAUAUAUUCCAGUUAGGCGAUGCUAUAACUACAGAAGCCGGAUUGAAAUAUGAAGGUGAAGGUAGAAUGAAGCACCCGGUGUACCUCAAUUCAUACGGCAUCGGAAUCCAUAGACUCCUUCAGGCGGCAGCUUCACAACAUGCUGACAGUGAAGGCAUAAGGUUACCACAGAUAAUUGCGCCUUACGACGUUGCAGUUAUCCCGUGCGACGAAAAUUCAGAGCAAGCUUCAGCCGAUAUCUACACGCUGCUCUCCAAGCGAGGUAUUGACACAUUUCUUGAUACUCGCAAAGCGCCUAUAAACCAGCGUGUAUCGGAUAUGAUGAACAUCGGCAUCCCUCAUAUCGUAUAUGUAUCGUCUGUAUACACCGAAAAAGCAAUGUCGUGCCCUAAUGAAGAUAUAACGAUGAAAAUAAUAGAAGGGUCAAAGAAAUCCAAUUAUUACCAUCAAUAUCAAUCUCCAACCUAUAGUCUUUUGCAAGAUAAGGAAAUACCGGAUACAAUCCAGCGGAUAAAUGUCGGAUACUCCCAUAGAUCAUUCCCAGGUGAGUACACAAUACCUGUUUCCAAACUGUUGCAACUGCUUGCUGUAGCCAGGUAACACAUCUAAUAUAUGGUACACACAA